AUGUCCGCCUUCUGCAGCUCGAGCCAGGACAGGAGCGGCCCCGGCGACGUGCCGUCCAACAUCAGCCAGGUGCUGAGCAGCAUGGAUGCCAUUUACAUCGGGGCCGAGUGCUUGGUGGCUUUGUUCGCCGCUUUGGGUAACAUCCUGGUCAUCUGGGUGGUGAAACUGAACUCGGCCUUUCAGAACACGACCAUGUACUUCAUCGUUUCCCUGGCGCUGGCUGAUAUCGCCGUGGGGGUCCUCGUCAUUCCCCUGGCCAUCGUGGUGAGCCUGAGAGUCAGCAUUGAUUUCUACUCCUGCCUGUUCAUGUGCUGCCUGAUCGUGAUUUUCACUAAUGCAUCCAUCCUCUCCCUCCUGGCCAUUGCAGUCGACAGGUACCUGCGAGUGAAGCUGCCCAUCAGAUAUAAAAUAAUCACUACAGAAAGAAGAAUUUGGUGGGCACUGGGUUUGUGCUGGUCUCUGUCCCUGCUGGCAGGAUUAAUCCCCAUGUUUGGAUGGAACAAGCUAAAACAAAAGAACACUGACUCUCUAACAUGUGAAUUUGUCUCUGUGAUGAGGAUGGAUUACAUGGUAUAUUUUGGGUUUGUGACAUGGACCCUUGUCCCUCUGACCAUCAUGUGUGCUCUGUAUGUUGAAAUCUUUUACAUCAUCAGGAUGAAGCUAAGCCAAGGUGCAAACAACGUGAGAGGGGCAGGAGCAUUUUAUGGACAAGAGUUCAAGACAGCCAAAUCUCUAGCACUUGUUCUCUUCCUGUUUGCAGUAUCCUGGUUGCCUCUGUGCAUUAUAAACUGCAUCUCCUAUUUUUACCCUGAAUGUAAGAUCCCCAAGCACUGGAUUUACUUGGGAAUCUUGCUGUCCCAUGCCAAUUCUGCCAUGAACCCCAUUGUCUAUGCUUGCAGGAUAAAUAAGUUCAAAACCACUUACCUUUUAAUUUUAAGGACCUAUAUCCUAUGCAAAAAAUCCCCAACAACACCAGACCCAGUUCUUACAGAACAAACAACACAUCAAUAG